GUCGCGUUCACACGCUCUGAUUUCUUCCUCAGCUCCAGCCAUGAAGCUCUUUUCUAUCGGCAAGCUGAAGCGCAAGAUGCUCGGGCCUGAAGAGGCUUCACCAUUGCUUGCAAAGCCCGAGAAAUUUGAGCACUCUGAGGACAAUUCGCGCGGCCUGUCCAGUCGUUGGCUUACCUGGGGAGGUGUGCUGCGGUUCGUGAUCUACUGGCUCGUUGUUGUGUUCGUCAUACAACAUUUCACUGGAUGGGCGAGCAAGGUUGUGGAUGCGGUUGUGGGCCUGCCGAAGGACCCUCGUAAGGCAGCGAAACGGAUUCUGGCCAAGGCCCCCGUUAUUGACGGCCACAUUGAUCUUCCGAUCCUUGUGCGAGGACUUUAUGCGAAUAACGCAUCAGCUUUCGACCUGAACGGCGAGCUCCCUCAACACGUUGACAUUCCUCGGCUUAAACAAGGACAAGUUGGUGGAUUCUUUUGGUCAGCAUAUGCUGCUUGUCCCGACUGGAUAGGUCACGACGAUGGGCCUGAUUUUCUCAAUAGUACGUGGCGCGUGCGAGACACGCUCGAACAAAUCGAUAUUUCCAAGAUUUUGAUUGAGAAGUACUCCGAUACAUUCCAACUUGCUUUGACCACCCACGACAUUUAUCAUGCUAUCAGGCAUGGUAAGAUCGCUAGCAUGAUUGGUAUAGAAGGAGCCCACCAGCUAGGUAACUCCAUCGCCGUCCUGCGGCAGAUCUUCACACUCGGAGCGCGGUACGUCACACUCACGCACACUUGCCACAACGCGUUUGCGGAUUCGUGUGGCACGCUUCCAUCGAAGUGGGGAGGUCUGAGCCCACUUGGUUAUUCCCUCAUCAACGAGAUGAACAGGAUUGGGAUGCUCGUCGAUCUUAGCCAUACCUCCGAUGACACUGCUCGUCAGGCAUUGAAGCAUUCCAAGGCCCCCGUAAUCUGGUCGCACUCUUCCGCGCGGGCUGUACACACUCACGAACGAAACGUUCCCGACGACAUUCUGUCUAUGGUUGGCAUUGGCGAGAAUAAGACGGAUGCGGUAGUCAUGGUCAACUUUGCACCUGACUUUGUCGCAGAUCCUGGCGAGGCUACCGUCCAAGCUGUAGCAGACCACAUUGAGCACAUCGCUAAGGUUGCGGGCAAGAAGCAUGUAGGGCUGGGCUCGGACUUUGACGGCAUCCCUUCUACGCCCACGGGCCUUGAGGACGUCUCGAAGUACCCGGAGCUGAUUGCCGAACUCCUCGUGCGCAACUGGACGCGCAGCGACAUCGAGGGCCUCACGAACAAGAACUUGCUGCGAGUCAUGAAGGGUGCGGAGAACGUCGCGCACAAACUACAGAAGCAAGGCGUAGAGCCAGCAUAUGAGUAUUACGACAAGCGGACCGACUUGGGCAGGAGACAGGAGCUGUAGAUGAGAGUACCAUAUAGGAGGCAUAUUUGUCUUUCGUCGCAUCCUCGGUAGCCCAUGCGUGUAUGACAUCAUUUGGGCCCCUAUGACCUCAAUUUGGAUCCACGUUGGCCAAGGCAUACUAAACCGGCCCAGCAGCAGUUAGUAGCCAUCACUCUC